AUGUUCAUUGAGCUGUCAGUGAACAUUUGUUGUACCCCAUUGUCCGAUCCGGACAACGGUUGUGCAUUCGAGGUCUGGUACAACCGCUACGAGGACGUCAUCUCAAAGGACGGCGCUACCUUGGAUGAUGCAACAAAAGCUCUACUAAUCAAACAGUCUCCAAACUCGACGCCAUCACAUAUGCCAGUUUCACGAACCACAUUCUUCCUAAAAGAGCAUGGAAUGUUCCCUUAA